AAUCUGAUGUUUCCCUUUUUUUCUCUUGACACUAAGUUUUUCCCGCCAGCGCCUGAUGUUUGGGUGCUGCUGAGAGACGCGUGAGUCUGUCUCUGCUAUCUAGUCACCAUGUCCAAGCAAAGCACAUUAUUCAGCUUCUUUACAAAAUCUCCCCCGGUUUCUAGCAGCAGUAAAUCUAAAUCUGGGGGAAUCUCAACAUCACCUACCGAGGCUGAUGUCCCGUCAUCUGGGGGAAAUAAAUCCAACUCGUCUCCUAAAGAGGGAGCUAAACAGAGACCUGAUGGAGGGAAGACUCCACGAGCAGCUACCCCAAGCAUUGUAUGCAAUUUUACACCAGGAGACCUUGUUUGGGCAAAAAUGGCUGGUCAUCCUUGGUGGCCCUCUCUCGUUUACAACCACCCAAGAGAACAAACAUUCAUCAGAGGAAAGGGCAAGUCUCUUCAUAUCCAUGUGCAGUUCUUUGAUGACUCCCCAACAAGAGGAUGGAUAGGUGCCAAAUAUAUGAAACCUUAUGCAGGAUCCACAGCUGUUGAAGCUCAAAAGGGUGGCAUGUUUUUCAGUACAAAACCUGAAAUACCGAAGGCAAUGAAAAUGGCUGAUGAUGCUAUGAAAAAAGACAAAGAUUCACGUCUUGAAUUAGCAGUGUGUACGGAACCUUCUGAUUCAGAGGAAGAUAUGGAGGUAGACGAAUUUUCUUCUGCAAGUGAUGGGGAAAGUGAAGACAGAAAAACAAACAGACCAGUUCGUCAAAGCCAUGCUAAUGGAAAGGCCAAAAAAAGAAGAAUUGUGAUUGAUUCUGAUAGUGAAGGCUCAGAUGAUGAAUUCAAACCAGAUGUCAAGGAUUCUUUAAGCAGUGAUGAAGCCAGUAGUGGUGUGGAUGAAGCACAACUGUCAGAACCAGCUUCUGAAACAGAAGAAAGUCCUGUCAAAGUACCUGUAAAGCGCAAGAGAGCGCAGAUGGAAAAGUCUUCUGGUCCAAAAAAUAGUUUACAAAAUAGUCUCUCAGAAACACCCAAAAGAAUAACGAACGUAUCUGUAGAAGCAAAGUUAAAGUUAUCAACAUUUUCUGCUCCUGAGGCAUUUGAAUCUCAGACAAAUAAUGGUGUAGCAAAUGAUGUUUCUGUGUGGGAUCACGAGAAGUUAGAGUGGCUCCAGGAGGGUAAAAGGAAGGAUAUAAAAAGAAGAAAGCAGUCUGAUGAAGACUAUGAUCCUUGUACGUUGUAUGUCUCAGAAGAUUUCCUUAAUAAGUGUACCCCGGGAAUGAGAAAAUGGUGGCAGCUUAAAUCUCAAAAUUUUGACUCUGUCAUAUUCUAUAAGGUUGGAAAGUUCUAUGAACUGUAUCAUAUGGAUGCUGUUGUCGGAGUUAAUGAGCUGGGACUGACAUUUAUGAAAGGCACAUGGGCUCAUUCUGGUUUUCCGGAAAUUGCGUUUGGUCGUUUUUCUGAUGUUCUUGUACAGAAAGGAUACAAAGUUGCUAGAGUAGAGCAAACAGAAACUCCAGAAAUGAUGGAAGCGCGUUGUAAGUCAAUGUCACAUCCUACAAAAUUUGACAAAGUUGUAAGAAGAGAAAUAUGCAGGAUCAUUACUAAAGGGACACAGACAUACAGUGUUUUAGAUGGCAGCCCAUCAGAAAGCAACAAUAAGUACCUUCUUUGCUUCAAAGAAAAAGCGGAGGAUACGUCUGGACAGCAAAGAGUGUAUGGUGUCUGUUUUGUAGAUACUUCUGUUGGUAAGUUUCACAUUGGUCAGUUUGCCGAUGAUCGUCAUUGUUCCAGGUUUAGGACUUUAGUAGCUCACUUUCCUCCAGCUCAGAUCUUAUUUGAGAGAGGAAAUCCUUCUGUAGAAACCAAAAAAGUUCUUAAAAGCUGUGUCUCAACUUGCAUUCAAGAAAGUCUGCAACCUACAUCUCAGUUUUGGGAUGCAUCAAAAACACUAAAAGUAUUAGCUGAGGAAGCUUAUUUUGUAGACGAAAAAGAGAAUUGUGAAAAUAGCACUUUACCUUUUGUUUUAAAAGACAUGAUUUCAGAAAGUGAUUCUUUAGCAUUAACUCCAGGGGAAAACAGUGAAUUAGCACUUUCAGCACUAGGAGCAUGCAUAUUUUAUCUUAAAAAAUGCCUUAUAGAUCAAGAGCUGCUUUCCAUGUCAAACUUUGAAGAAUACAUUCCUGUGGAUAUUGCUAUUGAGAGAGCUCCAACUUCAAGUAGUUUCUUUGCUAAAUCGAGCCAGCGCAUGGUUCUUGAUGGUGUGACAUUAGCCAAUCUAGAGAUUUUACAGAAUGGGACAAAUGGGUCUGUAGAAGGGACUCUGUUAGAAAAAUUAGACGCCUGCUUCACUCCCUUUGGAAAACGCCUCCUGAAACAGUGGUUAUGUGCACCUCUUUGCAAUCCCUUCUCAAUUAAUGAUCGUCUUAAUGCAGUAGAAGAUCUUAUGUCAAUCCCAGACAAAGUAUCUGAAGUUGGUGAGCUGUUGAAGAAACUUCCUGACCUUGAAAGGCUUCUUAGCAAAAUACACAGUAUUGGCUCUUCACUAAAAAGCCAGAACCAUCCAGACAGCAGGGCAAUCAUGUAUGAAGAAACAACCUAUAGCAAAAAGAAGAUAGCGGACUUCUUAUCUGCACUGGAAGGGUUUAAAGUAAUGAGAGAGGUCACUAAUAUAUUUGAAGAUGUCAUUGAUGAGUUUAAGUCUACUAUUCUUAAGCAAAUUAUUGCUCUUAAAGGUAGAACUCCUGGAGGACUCUUCCCAGAUUUAUCAGCUGAACUGAAGCGUUGGGAUACCUCUUUUGAUCAUGAAAAAGCUCGUAAAACUGGAGUAAUUACUCCCAAAGCUGGCUUUGAUCCAGACUUCGAUGUAGCAUUACGAGAUAUUAAAACUACUGAUCAGAGUCUUAAUGAGUAUCUGGAUAAGCAACGCAAAAGACUUGGCUGUAAAAAUAUUGUUUAUUGGGGAACUGCUAAAAAUCGUUUUCAGAUGGAAAUUCCAGAGAGUGUUACAGAACGUAAUUUACCAGAAGAGUAUGAAUUAAAAUCUACAAAGAAAGGAUACAAGCGUUACUGGACAAAGACAAUUGAAAAUAUGUUUGGUGAUCUUGUAAAUGCAGAGGAGCGAAGGGAUGCCGCGCUAAAAGACUGCAUGAGAAGGCUGUUCUAUAAUUUCGACAAAAAUUGCAAACAGUGGCAAACUGCAGUGGAAUGCUUUGCGGUUUUAGACUGGUCUCCUAGUUGUUAUGGCACAGCUUGGAUGUUAUGUCCCAGCAGAAGAAUGCAGGCUAACUCCUGUUGACAGGGUUUUUACUAGGCUAGGAGCAUCUGAUCGAAUAAUGGCUGGUGAAAGCACAUUUUUUGUGGAGCUGAGUGAAACCUCAAGUAUACUUCAGCAUGCAACAGAACAUUCCCUUGUGCUUCUGGAUGAACUUGGAAGAGGCACGGCUACAUUUGAUGGUACAGCUAUAGCCAGUGCAGUUGUCAAAGAGCUCUCUGAAAACAUAAAAUGUCGAACUUUGUUUUCAACACAUUAUCACUCUCUGGUAGAAGAUUACACUCAUGUUCCAUCUGUACGCCUAGGACAUAUGGCCUGCAUGGUUGAAAACGAAUGUGAGGAUCCAAGUCAGGAGACAAUUACCUUCCUUUACAAGUUCAUUAAGGGAGCAUGCCCCAAGAGUUAUGGCUUCAAUGCUGCAAGGCUGGCUAACAUUCCUGAUGAUAUCAUUCAGAGAGGUCACAAAAAAGCACGUGAAUUUGAGAGAAUCACACUUGAAGUGAAAAUCUUUAGGGAACUCCAUCUCUUGCUAGAGAAGCCUUUCUGCAAUUGGGAAGCAGUCAAUAAACUGGUGAAGAUGAUUUAAUAAUUUGUAAAAUACAGGUUGCGGUUUCUGGCGUUUAUUCACAAGGCUGGUAUUCACACAUUAUGAUCUAAUAAACUUUAUUUUUUAAAAAUGA